CAUUUGGUUACGUUUGCUGCGAUAUGAGAAAUGAGUGUUGGACGCAGAAGAUUAAAGCUGCUGGGAAUUCUGAUGAUGGUAAACAUUUUUAUUUACGUGAUCGUGGAAGUCUCGAAGAGCGGCAGCCAAGACAAGAAUGCAAAAGGCCGCGUGGUUAUACCACGUAGCAAAUUCUGGAGGAAAUACACUCCUCACAAAGCUUAUUGGAACAAACAGCAACAGAAGCUUGAGCUGCUGUACAACCCUAUUCUGUCCUUGCUUUCCAAUAUGACUGUGGAAGAGAACUUAGUUUCUAACCUGAGCGCUCUCAGUUCCUGUGACCCUGACCCCUUGGUGCACUCAGAGGUUAGUGACUUUGCAAACCUGCCAGACAGAUUCAAAGACUUCCUCCUCUAUUUGAGGUGUAGAAAUUACUCGUUGCUAAUGGAUCAGCCAAACAAGUGCGAACAGAAACCUUUCCUGCUGCUGGCUAUUAAGUCACUUAUACCCCAUUUUGAUAGAAGACAAGCAAUUAGGGAAUCCUGGGGCAAGGAAAUAGAAUCAGGGGAUGUGAUAGUCAGAAGGGUCUUCUUGCUCGGGCAGACCCCACCAGAGGACAAUUUUCCUGACCUUUCAAAGAUGGUUAAAUUUGAGAGCGACACGCACCGAGACAUUCUCCUCUGGAACUACAGAGACACUUUCUUCAAUCUGACUCUGAAAGAGGUGCUGUUCCUGAAGUGGGUCAGCAGCAGCUGCGCCAACGUCCAGUUCAUUUUUAAGGGCGAUGACGAUGUUUUUGUGAAUACCAAUCAGAUCCUGGAUUACUUGAAGAGCUUAUCAAAGGAAAAAGCCAAAGACUUAUUUAUAGGUGACGUGAUCAAAGACGCUGGACCUCACAGAGAGAAAAAACUGAAGUACUAUAUCCCGGAAAGCGUUUAUGAAGGUUCGUAUCCCCCGUACGCGGGAGGCGGUGGCUUCCUGUACUCCGGUGAUCUGGCGCUAAGACUGAAUAACGCAUCUGACCAGGUACUCCUCUACCCUAUCGAUGAUGUUUAUACUGGAAUGUGCCUUCAGAAGCUUGGGCUUGCUCCGGAAAAACACAAAGGCUUCAAAACGUUUGAUAUCGAAGAGAAAUACAGAAAUAACAUCUGUUCCUACACAAACUUAAUGUUAGUGCAUAGUAGAAAACCUCAAGAAAUGAUUAAGAUUUGGACACGCUUGCAAGAUCCACACUUAAAUUGUUAAGGGAAAGACUCUACUAAGAUGAAGGCACAAGAAAAUUUGACUACAACGGAAAGAAUGGAAUUUGAAAGCUGAAGUAAGAUGUGUUUGGAUGAGACAGCUGAAAGUGGAUGCAGUCACUGUUCUUUUUUCUUCCCUGAAUACAGCAGGGAAAAUGAAGUGCUGCUGUGAUUAAAUAACACUGCAUCAGGGUGAGCCAUUAGAAUCCAUUAGCUUGUUUGUAUAAAGGCUCAGGCCUCGAAAUCCAGUUGGGAGGAGCAAAUACAGGAUAAGGAGGGUGUAAAUGAGCUAUAAUUAAUGCACAAAUUUUAAGGUUUAUCUCCAGAGGAUGGGGUCCUUGUUUUCUGCCAGUUAGUUCCUUGGCAUGACUGCAUUUUACACUUGGAUCCCUUCCUCCCCUACCCAGUUUUGUUAUGUAGGCUUGAGUGAAAUGUAGCACUUGACAGGGCUGGUGGUAAGAGAACUCCUGGCAGUCCUUUUCUGCUUUUCAGUGCUGGGAGCACAGAAAGCCAAACUCCAAAACGGGCUUUGGCUGGAAAGUAGAGCAGAAAGGGGCGGAUUGGAAUUCACUGGGAGGUUUGCAUUGGGUAUGCAAGUCAGCCAGGAAUGCUCAUGCAGGUAAUGCUGAAUUUGGGGCUUUGUGAUGCAGCAGUGAGCAAUCCAGCUCUUAUCUGGUGCUGCUGUUGUGAUCUAGGCCACAGUCAGCAUUCACCCCCUGAAAUUUGGCCUCCUUUCCCUUCCGCCUUAUUGCACCUCAUAUGCACAAGGUUUCCACUCCAGCUGCCUUUGCUUGAGGGCACCAAUCCAAAUGAGUUCAUGUCUGCACUGAACUAUUUCCUUCUCAGAAUAGUCAUGAAACCAACUUAGCAAGCAAAGAGGGCAGGGAGAGCUGCUUAAUGGAUCCCUUUCAUAGACAGUAGUCACCGAGGUGGUUUUGAAUGGAGCACAAAACACUUCAAAUUCUCUUCAUUCUCUCUCUUUAACUUUUUUAAGCUGUUGCCCCCCUUCCUUGCUGCAUGAAGGUGAGAACAGGAGUGGGAGUGAGAAUUAAAGUAAGCUGCAGUUCUGGAAGCAAAUUUUCAGAAUGUCAGGAGUGAUGAAAUACUGAGCAGGUCAGUUUUUCCGUUGUUGUCCUCAGACCAGGUACUUGAUUGCUAAUCACAAUUUAUAUUUGCAUUGGCUCAGCCUGCUCUAAGUAGUGUUUAAACAGCUCUGGCUGGAUUCUGCUGAGGGGUGGCUGAGCAGCACCUUGUGGGCUUUGCACACCAGCCUUUUCAAAAGAUACAGAAUCCAUUCCCAUUUGUCAAUGAAAACAUUUGUACCCUGUCUAAUAACACCUGACUGAAUCAGGUGAGCUGGGCUUAAGUUGGUCCUGAGGUGUCAGUCAUCACUUCAGGCUCUGGUAAGAUCUGUGCAGGUAUGGAACAAAUCUCUCUGACCUCAAUUUUUGCUCAGUUUCCUCUAUUUUCAUGUUGUUGCAGUUUUAUAUAUAUAUAUUUAUUUUUAAGUUGCCUUCAAGCCUAAGGACUUCAGAUGUAAGUCAUGUGCUCCAGAUGAAUGCACACUGAGUUUCCUGUCAGAACUACAUCAAGAUAAAUUCGACAAAUUCAAAUUUUGUAUGGAGAGGAUUCCAAUCAAUCUCCUAAUUUCUAGGCUUUUUGAUUUACCUCUGUGUGUUCAACCUGUGUUAUUUCCAGUCAUUUCUGCUAAGCUCUCCAUUUAAAUGAAUCCAUCUUUCCUGCCUUCUCAUAUCUUUUUGUGCCCUCUGUCCCCUCACCUGUGCUUGCCUCUCCAGUAAACCUUAAAGUUUUCUGAGAAAGUUACAAAAAAUUUACAAAAAUCACUUCUAUCAGAGCCUGAUUUCAAACUGUUUCAAACAGGGGAGUAACUGGAGGAAAAAUGCUGAGCUGCCAAACAAGCUGUAAACUUUCUGAUUCUGGAGUUGGCUUUUCUUCUCCCACUGCCAUUGUAAUUUCUUUAGAGAAAACUGGUCUGGACAUAUUUGGAGAGAGUUUCUACAGGGGUUAGAAAUAAUCCCCAGAUAUCCCCUGUUAGAUUUUUUAAGACCAGAGCUGCAGCUUAGUAUUUGUUGUGGCUGUAUUUUUAUGCCCUUUUCCCCUCUUCCUUCAUCCCUCUGGUUCAAAUUUGGCUGAGUUGUGCAAAGAUGAUUCAUUUGUGUUUCCUCAUUUGUCUUAAAUGUGUCGUGUUUUUUCCCUCACUAUUCCUAUCACUGAUAUUCCCCUGCUUCCAGAAAAGUCAGUGUCUCAUGACAGCCCAAAUUUUGCCUUUUUUGGGGACAUGACAUCCACACUGUGCUGGCAGAUCAGCCAGAAUGCCUGUGUGUGAUGAAUAUUUGAAAGCCCUGCUGUGAGAGGAAGUCACAGGUUUUAAGAAAAUAGACCUUUUAUUUAUACAAUAAAUUUGAAUUUUGAUUUCAGAAGGAAGAAAACUUCAUCCUUCAAGUCACUGCUUCUCUGUUUUCUCACCUGCAGGAUCAUUCUGGGUCCUAAUAUUGUGUGCUCUUGCUUUCCUGGUAUCCUGUGAGAUUAGAUUGUGACGGAGCUGGAAAUAGCUGUGUGAUUUAUGUUCAGUCUGUAGAACUGCUUGGCCGAGUGGGGAGGCUCUCACCUGGGAGCCUGCUAUUAGAGCAAAAUUUUACUGACAUUUGAAUUAUUCUUCAGCAAUACUGAAGAAAAUAGAAGCAUGUUCAUGUUCCUAGAGACCCCUUGUGCUCUUCUUCUUUUCCAAAAUCUGCAUAACAAUUUGCAUUUCUUAUGGUCCCAUAUUCAAACACAUGCAAAUUCUUUUUGAGAAGAAAUCCCCACUUACAGAUGCUACAAAAUCUUGCCAGGGUAGGAAAUACUAGGCUGAGACGAACUCAAAAAUGGACCCUCACUUUGGAUAUCUUAUUUAGUCACAGUGGGAAGUGGGAGAAAUCUUUUAAAGAUAUAAACCCAAAGGAAUUUGUCUCAUUUUCCUUUCAAACUUUCUAAUACGUGAGGAAACAGACUUCUGCUUUAAAUGUAGGUUUGGCU